AUGUCAGGUAUCGAUGUUGAGGCUCUGCUCGAGUCGACUGCUGAGCCUGGACCAAAGCAACAGCCAGAACAACCAGCCAGCCAGACCAACGACUCCGACUCCAAGAAAGACCGUAGUGAUCGUCGCGAUCGUGAUCGAUAUCGAGAUGGCUCGCGCGAUCGUGACAGAGACCGUCGACGCCGCGACCGGAGUCGUGAACGGCGAUCCGAAAGAGAUGCCGAUGGAGACGAGGAGAUGACAAGUCCAAAGAGCGAUCGCGCAAGUGCUAACGGGAGCUAUAGAAGCAGAAAGAGAAGCAGGAGCCGCGAUAGCGACAGACGUCGCUCCCGACGCGAUCGCUAUGGCGAUGAUCAUCGCUCUUCAGGUGGCGAUUUCUACCGAGGUCCUGGUCGUGCUCGCAGCCGAUCUCGGUCUCCCUACGAUGACAGGUAUUAUAGGCCCACCGGUAGACCUCGCCGUGACGAUGACCGUGAUGACGACAAACGUCGUCGCCGCGAAAAGGAGGGACGCAAGCGGUCUCCCAGCCCCAAGCCCCGUAGUAAAACUCCCGAACCACAGCUUACCGAAGAUGAGCGGGAUAAGCGUACAGUUUUUGUCCAGCAACUUGCUGCCCGGCUGAGAACAAAAGAAUUAAUAGCCUUCUUCGAAAAGGCAGGACCAGUUAAAGACGCUCAGAUCGUCAAAGACCGUGUUAGUGGGAGAUCUAAAGGUGUCGGUUACGUCGAGUUCAAGAACGAGGAAUCAGUCCCAGUUGCCAUUCAACUUACUGGCCAGAAACUUCUAGGAAUACCCAUCAUCGCCCAGUUCACCGAAGCCGAGAAGAAUAAGGCUGCCCGUAAUGCUGAGGGACAUGUCAGCGGGAACCAGAAUUCAAUUCCAUUUCACAGACUCUACGUUGGUAAUAUCCAUUUCAGUAUCACUGAGAGCGAUUUGCAGAAUGUUUUCGAGCCCUUUGGCGAACUUGACUUUGUUCAAUUACAAAAAGAUGAAAAUGGACGCAGUCGGGGCUACGGAUUCGUGCAAUUCCGUGACCCAAACCAAGCUCGCGAAGCCCUGGAGAAAAUGAACGGUUUUGACCUCGCUGGUCGGCCGAUUCGAGUUGGUCUUGGCAAUGAUAAAUUUAGUUCCGACUCUGCAACGAAUCUCAUGCGACUGCAAUCCCAGGGCCAGCAGGGCUCUCUUUACGGCCAAGGUGGCCGUGGGACACAAGCAGCUUCCAAUUUCGACCGUGCCGGCGGCCGCGAUAAUGACAAAGGCAUUGGAGGUGCCAGUGCUUUAGAUGAUACAGAUGUUGCUGGUGUGAAUUUCAACAAUUAUAGCAGAGACGCAUUGAUGAGGAAACUUGCGAGAACAGAUGAACCUGCUGCAGAUACCUCCACAGACGAUAAACGCAAGGCCCCAAAAGCUCGCACAGAAGCUAAACCGUUACCAGUCAGUGUCAAUAUGGCGAGUAGAUGUGUGCUCCUCCGAAAUAUGUUUGACCCCACUGAGGAAGAAGGUGACAGCUGGGUUAAGGAGCUGGAGGAUGAUGUUCGCGCUGAGUGCGAAGAAAAAUAUGGUCAUGUUGUUCACAUUGCUUUAGACCCGAACACGCAAGGUGAUAUUUAUCUCAAAUUUGACCGUGUCCAGGGCGGAGAAAACGCCAUAAAAGGCCUGAAUGGCCGAUUUUUCGGCGGACGACAAAUCACUGCGCAACCCGUUGUCGACGCCGUGUACAGCAGCUUAUUCUCCCGCACGAAAGCUAUCUAA